GUUUGCCUUUCAUCUUCUCUUUUCGUCAUUGCUGUCGGCUCCGUUGCCUUUGCAGGAGGUGUAGAGAUUGCAGGCGUCGCUUCUUUGGCUCCUUCGUGGCUGUUCGACUUCGCUCCUCCGACGACUUCAACCCGGAUCGGAAGUUACGACAUUUUGAUCGGAAGCAAGAAUGGGAGCUCGCUGGCUGUGAAGCCCCUAAAGUAUGAAGUUCCAUUGGAGAUGCCCUAAGGGCAGCGGCCUGAGAAGAGCACAAACGAGAACCCUACUUGGAGAUUUCUAGGGUUAUAAUUUCCUUCCGCCAACAUUUUGUGAGAUUCGGAGAUUUUGAUGCCAUGAAGAGCGGCUGGGGGAGGAGAGGAGCGAGGCAGCCGAAGCAGCUCGGCGGUGGGCUGAAAGGGACGGCGGGUUGGUUGUCUGUGGUGAUGCUUGUUCUGCUGAUCUGCACCAUCUUGCUUUUCUUGAGGAUCUGGCGUUCAAGUCCUUCCAGUCGGAUAAAGUUGAACGGAGUAGCUCCAGUGGAAGAUAAGAUUAGAGAGAGUCGCCUUAGAUGGUUUGGUCACAUUAACAUUGAUGCUGGUUGGAGACCAUCAUCUGCUCCACGGUCUUAUUGGCCUUCUCCUCCAACUGAGAGCAAUGGCUAUUUGAGAGUUCGUUGUAAUGGUGGUUUAAAUCAACAGCGCACUGCGAUAUGCAAUGCCGUUCUUGCAGCACGUAUCAUGAAUGCUACACUCGUGUUGCCUGAGUUGGAUACCAAUUCUUUUUGGCAUGAUGAAAGCGGUUUUCCCGGUGUAUAUGAUGUUGAAUAUUUCAUUAAUACUUUACGCUAUGAUGUUCGCAUUGUUGCAAAGCUUCCUGAAAUCACCUCUUAUGGGAAGGCCAAGAAGUUGAAAGCUUUUCAGAUUCGUCCACCAAAAGAUGCUCCUCUGAACUGGUAUACUACAGUUGCUUUAAAAAAGAUGAAGGAUCAUGGUGCUAUUUACCUGACUCCUUUUUCACAUCGGCUGGCUGAAGAGAUUGAUGAUCCUGAACUCCAGAGAUUAAGAUGCAGAGUGAAUUAUCAUGCACUAAGAUUUAAGCCACACAUUAUGAAAUUGAGCCAUGAUAUAGUUGAUAAACUCCGAUCGCAGGGGCAUUUCAUGUCGAUACACCUCCGCUUUGAAAUGGAUAUGCUUGCAUUUGCGGGGUGCCUGGAUAUAUUUACAAUAGAAAAACAAAAGAUAUUGAUGAAAUACCGAAAAGAAAAUUUUGCAGAAAAGAAGCUUGUUUAUCGACAAAGGAGGAUAAUUGGAAAGUGCCCAUUGACUCCAGAAGAGGUGGGCCUCAUAUUACGUGCCAUGGGUUUUGACAACUCUACUCGCAUCUACCUUGCUGCUGGUGAGCUUUUUGGUGGGGAUCGUUUCAUGAAGCCUUUCAAAGCUCUCUUCCCACACCUUGAGAAUCAUAGUACAGUAAUAGGUGCGGAGAAGCUUGAAGAUAGCGCUCAGGGACCGGUUGGUGCUGCUGUUGACUAUAUGGUUUGUCUCCUCUCUGAUAUUUUCAUGCCCACUUAUGAUGGUCCCAGCAACUUCGCAAACAACCUCUUGGGUCACCGUCUCUACUAUGGCUUCCGAACGACGAUCCAGCCUGACCGAAAAGCAUUGGCUCCCAUCUUUAUUGACAGGGAAGAGGGUCGUCAAGCAGAUUUUGAGGAACUUGUUCGCCAAAUCAUGUUCAAAACCAAGUUUGGGGGGCCUCAUAAACGAGUUCAUCCAGAGUCUUUUUACACUAACUCUUGGCCUGAGUGCUUCUGCCAAAUGUCGCCUCAGAACCCAGCUGAUAGAUGCCCUCCUGAUAACAUGCUAGAAGUUCUGGAAGGCCAGUUGCAAAGUGGAGGGAGCCAUGAGGUGGAAAUCGGUUAGGGUCCCAACAAGACGGUUUUAGCGGAGUAAGGCUUUGUUUGGGACGGCUUUUUUACUGCUUCUUAAAGUAGCUUUUUAGUACAAAAAAUUUAGGCUUCGUUUGGGACGGCUUUCUUACUACUUCUUAAAGCAGUUUUCUAGUACAAGAAUUUUAAUUUUUAUAUUGAAAAUCUGCUUCAGGAAGCAGAAUGAAAGCCGUCCCAAAAGUAGCUUUCUAAUUUAUACUUCUUAGAUGCAUGACGUCCUUUAACAAAUUGGAUGUAUAUUGAGUUGAAUCUUGAUUUUUGGGAGAUCACUUACUUAAAUGAUCAUUUCUUUUUUGGAUAUAUA